AAUCAUUAGAUUCCAAAGGAAAAUCCCAUUUUUAUUUUCCUUCAAAAAUAUCCUACAAAAUGUCUUUGAGACACCGUUAUCUCAGAAAAGUUUCAAGCUUUUUGCCCCAUUUUUCCUCAGGUUAUCAUUAUCAACCGUCUAAACGAGUAUUCAACUCAGUAGUUUUCUCCUCUUCGAGUCCUUUGCCUCAUCAAUGCAAUGAAAUAAACACUAGAUUUCCCGAGACAUUUUCAGGCACUGUACAAUUUCAAAACUAUCUCAGGACCCUCCUUUUGAAACCCAUUUAUUGUCUUUCAUUGAAUCUGCUUUCGAUCAUCUUCAAGGUCCUCAAAACUACUACUUUUUUUUUUUUUUACUUUGAAAUGAUGUUAAUUAAACUGAUAUAAUGGGAUUCUUAAUCUGCGAUUUAGGUCCUCAUCAUUGCUGGUUGAAUAGAGUUAAUGAAAACAAAGAUUCUUUAAAGAAAGAUGGGACGUUUUUAGUUGUUGGUGGACGGUUCUUUGAGAAUUCAAAGAAAGUAGGAAGUGAUCUAGUUGUUAUAUUUGAAAAAGUGAAGUUACUUCAGCAGA